AUGCAAGAGCAAACAAAAUUAAUUGAAGAGAAAACCAAGAUAAAUGAAGAUAAAGAAAAGUUGAUUAAAGAAGUUCAACAAUUAGUUGAUGACAAAGCAAAAUUAAUUCAAGAAAAAGAAAAGUUGAUUAAAGAAGUUCAACAAUUAGUUGAAGAAAAAGAAAAGUUGAUUAGAGAAGUUCAACAAUUAGUUGAUGACAAAGCAAAAUUAAUUCAAGAAAAAGAAAAAGCAGUUGAUAAAGAAAAAGAACGUUUAGAAUUGGAUGGAAAAUAUAAAUGUCUUAAGGAAGAAUUAGCGGAAAUGAAAAAAAAAAUGGAUACUGAUCAAAAACAUUCAAGAGUUACAGGAAUGAAAAUGAUUAGUCAACACUUGUGGGGAUACAGCUCAUUAGCAAUUAUGUUACCAAUGUUAUUUUUAAUUGGAAAAUAUUCAUAUAAAAAAUGA